UAAUAAUUAAAUUGGUGAUGAAGGAUCAUCAGGCUUAGGUUCUGCUUUAGCAAAUUGCAUUAAUCUCUCAAAUUUGACACUUGACCUUUGUAGUAAUUAUAUUGGUGCAAUGGGUGCAUCAGGCUUAGGUUCUGCUUUAUCUAAUUGCAUUAAUCUCUCAAAUUUGACAAUUUACCUUAAUGAAAAUUAAAUUGGUGCAAUGGGUGCAUCAGGCUUAGGUUCUGCUUUAGCAAAUUGCAUUAAUCUCUCAGAUUUGAAACUUUACCUUGCUUAUAAUUAAAUUGGUGAUGAAGGAUCAUCAGACUUAGGUUCUGCUUUAUCAAAUUGCAUUAAUCUCACAAAUUUGACACUUUAACUCGAUGAAAAUUAAAUUGGUGCAAUGGGUGCAUCAGGCUUAGGUUCUGGUUUAGCAAAUUGCAUUAAUCUAUCAAAUUUGACACUUGACCUUGAUUUGAAUUAAAUUGGUGAUGAAGGAUCAUCAGGCUUAGGUUCUGCUUUAUCAAAUUUCAUUAAUCUCUCAAAUUUGACACUUAACCUUGGUAAUAAUUAAAUUGGUGAUGAAGGAAUAUCAGUCUUAGGUUCUGCUUUAGCAAAUUGCAUUAAUCUCUCAAAUUUGACACUUUACCUUUAUUUUAAUUAAAUUGGUGAUGAAGGAUCAUCAGGCUUAGGUUCUGGUUUAGCAAAUUGCAUUAAUCUCUCAAAUUUGACACUUUACCUUGCUGAAAAUUAAAUUGGUGCAAUGGGUGCAUCAGGCUUAGGUUCUCAUUUAGCAAACUGCAUUAAUCUAUUAAAUUUGACACUUUACCUUAACUCUAUGAAUGAAUCAUAAAAAUUCAAAGUAUUAAGCAAUUGUCUUAAAUCAAAAAGAUUAGUUGUCUUUAAAAAAAUAUUCUACUGA